AAAGGCCCUGUGGGCUUGCUAUGUUGCCCUUUUUUCUGUGGUCUUCAGAAGGUUGGUUCUCUGUUGAUGCUAAGGAAACCAUCGCUCAUGUUCUUGUGCAAGUUUUUGAGGGUGCUGACUUGAAUCCAUCGGAUCUUAAUGGAUUGGCUGAUCCUUACUUGAAGGGAAGCCUUGGGCCUUACAGAUUCAGGACCAAGACACAUAAGAAGACACUGAAUCCAAAGUGGCAAGAGGAAUUCAAAAUCCCGGUCUGCUCCUGGGAGUCACCUAAUGAUGAACUGAAGAUUGAAGUUUUUGAUAAAGAUCACUUUGUGGAUGAUUCAUUAGGAGAAUGCUCCAUAAAAAUAAUGGACUAUAGGGACGGACAGAGGCAUGAUAUCUGGUUGCCUCUUCAGAAUAUCAAAAUGGGGAGGCUGCAUCUUGCAAUAACUGUGAUUGAGAAAAAGGAUGCAGAACAAAUGUAUGACGAAGAAACUCUUGAUUCCUUUGAGAAUGAUGCAGCCGAGGCCGGCUCCUCACCUGAAUUACCUGAAAAAUCGCCCAAAGUUGGGGACAAAUACGAGCCCAUCGAUAUUGAAGGGAAACAAGAGACUGGGGUGUGGGUCCAUCACCCGGGGGUUGAAAUCGCACAAGUCUGGGAGCCAAGGAAGGGUAAAGGUAGGAUGAUUGAUGGAGAGGACUCAGAUUCUAUGAGGAGUUUCAAGUCAAAAACACCCGGAUCACCUCAUAGUGAUGACAAUGAGACCGGGCAGUCAUGUAAUCGAUUCCGUAGGGGCUUGAGUAAAAUCGGUUCAAUGUUUCACAAGGGUCCCAUAAAUCACGACAAAUACGACACCCUUGGUGAGCCAUCCACACCACAUGUGAAUCUCAAGGCAGUAAAUGCAAAGCAAAUCGGUGUACAAUUUGUGGUGGACAAUACGGACCCUGCCCAAUCCCCCACAAGAUCAAAAGAAGAUGGUAAAGAAUCACUGGAGGAAGAUGAACAAGACGGUCCAAGUACUAAAGAGAAAAUGAAAGACAGGGCGAAGAACAUGUUGAAGCAUGUGGGAAAAUCUGCUCAUGGUGGCAUAAAACAUGUCCUUUCUCAUAAAGGAUCAAGGAAAUCGAAAUAUGAGCCAGAGUUAUCAACUACAGAUUCUUCGGACGAGUCAUUUGUUGAUACCCCACAACAAGCUGCAGCAGUUCAACGGGCUCAUCAAAUAUCUGAUUCUGGUAGUGAUUAUAUAACAGAGACUUCAAAUGCAAAGGAAGAGAACCCCCUUCCAGGGGAUCUAAUCCAGAUGGAUUUAGCAGCUUCUCAUGGUCCUAAAACUCCGUUGGCAAACAUUUCAGAUGAAUGAGGCAAUCAAGACAGAUGAAUGCAUAGGGAUGGUUUCUUGUGUACCUUAAAAGCAGUUGGAAAGCAAAGGUUGUUUUACUUGUUUACUGUACAUUCUCCUCGCACACUAUAAACUACAGCAAUACUAUGUGGUCUUGAGUUGCCCAUGUAAAAGUUCUCAUGUUUGUAAAAUCCAAAGGUAUAUGUCCAAGAAGUAUGUGCACAUGUUUGUUUUCCGGAGGGUUUUGAAUCUCCUGGCAUACUAUUUCAACACAAAAACUAUGUUG